AAUCCUGUUGCUCUGCCCGCUGACGACUGGAGAGCACAAAAUCCCAGUUAAUGUUGGUUAAAUCAAUUUGCAGUUUGUUGAUGUGCAUUGCAAUUCGUUUGCAAUAGAUUUUGACACGAACAACAUGUCUGCAAAUAUUUUAAAUGAAGACCAGUUUAAAAGAAAUGACGAUGAGUUCAGAAACACGAUGGAAGCUCUUUUUCAGAAGUAUUCCAGUCUAAAUGAUCCUGGAAUAGAAGUCUGUCUGAAAACAAUGACCUGCAGAACUGAAAGAGGUCCUGUGCCUAUUGACAGUGCAGAGGGAGAACGUGAAUUAGAAGCUUUGAAGACUAGACUGAAGGACCAUUCGGUGAGGGAGUUUGUGGACCAGAAUGAUGAUGAUGAUCAGAUGGAUGUGUCGGGGAUCACUGAGGAUGAUCUUAAUGGCUCCGAUCAACAGAACAAUGAAAUUCUGUGGCAUGGUGGUGAGUCGUUCAAGCUCUCUAUGAAUCUGACCAAUUCAUCUCAUAGCGGUCUGUGGGGGGUGCCCUCUCAGCCUGAGGAAGCGGAUGAAGGACUGGAGAAAACAUUGAGCAGUCACGGCAGUACCCUCCUGGAUGUCUAUCCCAGCAUGCUCAAUCAGAUUGGCGAAGUAUAUCAGCGGCAGCACGUGAAGGAUACUGCUAGGGGUGUGCUGCAAAAGUAUCGCCGCAAACACUGGCAAGUUAGCCAGGCACACCCUCGCAACACUUCCUUUAAGAUGAGACCCAAUGGAACACUGAACAAGACAACGGAUAUCUCAUUCACCACAAAAAGUCCAGCUCAAUAUAACAUAAGCUGCUCUAUGAAGGGUAGCAUCAAACUUCACGACAUGUUCAAGAACAAACUGAAGUCUUCACCACUGAAAAACUCUGAGGCCAGUGGCUGUUUUUACUCACCUAGGAGGGACGCCGUUGAUGAGAGUUUUGAGUCACCACAGACUAACCUGCUUUUAGAUAGUAAGCCAAAGCACAACUCUGUUCGUGUGAUUGACUUCACCACACCUCCUUACUCUGUCUCCCCACUUAGUGACCAGUCUCCUGACCUAAAUCAAACCUACAACAUUGAACCCACUGUUUUAUCUACUUCUCAUGCUGUUCCAGGCUCAUUGGUCUCCAUUUCCCCACGACCAGCAUGGCGCUCACCAGGAAGACCAGCUAAAGCCCUGUCUUUUGUUGACCAGAGUGGAAUGUCAAUCACAUCCCAGCCCUUCUAUCAGCAGCCAGCCUACACCUCAUUGGACAAAAAUGACUUUAGAAAACACCUGCACUCUCCAGUCUCCUCCCCAAAGCGUGGAUUCAUAAGUUGUUUUUCUCCUAGUGGGAAGAGUACCUUCAGAUCCACAUUGUUGAGAAAUGAAAGACAUCAAUCAAAGCCAACAGCAAUACACAGUCCAAAGCGAAGAUCUCCUAUCCACUAUCUACCUCAAUCUGAGGUACACCGGUCUCUCUAUGGUGGGAAACUGGAGCAGUUGUCAUCAACCCAGCGUCCCCUUUUCCACAACACAGAUCAUCUGGAAAGUUUUUCCAUGUCUGAGAAGUUGCAGAUCAGUCCCAGACUCAAUAAACAUCAACAUUCUCUUUCUAGGUCCCAGUCCACUUGUUUGUCAAAAUAUGACUCUUUCAGGGAACCUCAAAUUGAUGUACAAUUCAGGAAGCUGUAUCACCACUUCAUCUGUCGUGGUACAUCUUCACCAUACCCUACCACCCACUGUCACCUGUGCGAGAGACAGUUGGAGACGUCCCAAAUCCCCAGCUCUUCCUCCUCCAGCAUGUCCACUCUUGCUCUCACACCCCUGAGAGACACACUCAAGAAGCGUCGCCAUCAGCCCGAUGUGGAAGAGUCGUUUAGAUUUAAACGCUUCCGUGAAAGUCGUUCACCACUUAAGCAUCUCCAACUCUUGCCACAUCAAGUGAAAGACAGAUAUUUGAGCUCUGCCAUGUCAGAACCUAGUGAGGACAAACAUGCCUGGAAUCGAGCCGUCCUGCUUCAGUGCCCCAGUCCCUGGUUCCUUAGAGGCACUGGAAACCUCAGAAAGAUCAGGGAGGAUAAAUUAGCCAUGCAAAUGAACCCACGUGCAAUGUCUUGGAGAGAUGUCACAAGUGGAGUCCAUGCAGUUGAAGCUCAUUCACCCAUUAGAACUUUUAAUCAUGGUACGAUCCCACUUUCUCCAAGUCUCUCAAGGAGGCGACUCCAGUAUGGUCUUCUGCAGUGAUGAGGUUUCCUUUUCGCACCCCAUAAUCCUGUAUUUUCUUCUAUGGUUAUAUAUAAUUCAUAUUGUGAAUACUUCCAAGGUCACCCAAGAGAAAAUACAGGGGAUAACAAGUCAGUUGACGCUGAUAUUCUACUGUCAGUUUUCUUGUUUUAAAUGCAUAUGUACUUGUAAAUGCAACGGUUGUAAUGUCAAAGUAGUUCUUUAAUGUGUAAAUAUCUUCACAAGACCAUUUAAUAUUAUAUAUUUUAACAGAACUUUUUAAAAAUACAUUUCUAUCAACAGGGUCCAAUUUCAUGUGUGUUGACUUACUGUAUGUUUGUAAAUAAUUUAGACUCUUGCUUUUGU